CCCCAGGUGUUUAAGGCCUACCCAAUGGCAGCCCCUUUGGCACAAGUUUCAAAUCGUGCUCCAGUGCCACCCAAGCCUCAGAUACCUGCGAAACCCCAAGAGCAAGGACAGGGAAAGCGUCACGUUUGUGAGAUCUGCACUAAAUCCUUUUCUCGAUCUGAUAAGCUAACAUUACAUAGACGCACCCAUACUGGAGAAAAGCCAUAUGCCUGCUUUUGUGGGAAAAGAUUUGCAAGAAGUGAUCAUUUAAAAAUACAUGCCCUUAAGCAUAAAAUUAACCCAGAGGUUCGUCGUGCAAUGCUGCUUGAAGCCAAAAAUAACAAGCACUUUAGUCCAAUUAAAAAUUUAGAAGAUUUUGACAUAAAAAAGGAGACAGUAGAAGCAUCUCUGCAAGUGAAAACUGAAGUAAACUUGGCCAUUAAACAAGAAAUUGGGGAAGGAACAGAUCAGGUUAAUAUACCUGUGUAUGAUGACCCAAAUAAACAGGAGUGUAAUGUUUGCCAAAAAGUUUUUGGAUCCAUUUACAAACUUUCUCGACAUUUGCGAACACACACAGGAGAGAAGCCAUAUGUCUGUUUUUGUGGUGACAGAUUUAGUCGCUCAGAUGUCCUUCGCAUUCAUCAAAAAUCUAAACAUAUUCCUUAUAGUACAGAGGGCUAUGAUCAGCAUACAGGUCAAGCAAUGGCCCAAGUGGCACCAAUAACACCAAAGCCCAAGGUCAAGAAGACCCCAAAGGUUAUGAAGUCUGAUGGGAUAUAUACAUGUGAAUAUUGUGCUAAGGAGUUUAAAGCUGGAUAUAAGCUCACAGUUCACUUAAGAUAUCAUACAGGAGAAAAGCCUUAUGUGUGUGACUUCUGUGGGAAGGCUUUUGCACGCAGAGACCAUAUGAAAAAGCACAGAAAAAUUCAUACAAAGUGAAAUAGCUGGGAAAGAUUGUUCAGAAUGCUUCGGAAUCCAUCAGAAGAACGCGAUACUGAUCUUUUAGCAAAACUGAAAGUCCAGAUAGCAUAAUCAGAGAUAUUUUUAUAGCUAAUUGAUAUACUAUACAAAACCAUUUCAAGUAGAAUAAUUUAUUGUCUUCUGCAUUAUCAGACUGUUUUACUACUGAUAAGUGGCAUCACUAUGAAGACAUGAAUGUAACCUAUUGAUUUUUAUGAAGGAAUGUAAGCUAAUAAUUUAUAUGCACAAUUAUUUAUAGAGUUCACCUCUGCUGGUUAUUAAAACAGGGUUACAGCUUAACUUUUAGCAUAAAUUAUAUAAGACUAAAGUAGAUCUCUUAAACAUAAGAUGGAGGGACAUUUUUGUAAGCUUGAUAUUACCAGUAUCAGUUGAAGAACUAUUGCUUUUUUUUUUCUUUUUUUUAAGAUUUCAAAUAAUGGCUUAGGUGUCAUACAGUGUAGUUCACUUUUAUGUAUUUCUGGCCAUUUCCAUAAUCACUUUUUAACUUUUCAUGUAUAUCUUUUGUAACCAUGACUAUGAACUGGAACUUGUAAAAUGUAAAUUCCUUAUUUUUUGUACUUUUUUUUAAUGUAAAUGUUGUGAAUGAUUUUCUAAGUACUACUGUUAAAGUAUAUACCUGUUUUGGUACAAAUAACAAGAAAUGCAACAGUUUCGUAUUGAAAUUGUAACAUAUAUUCUACUCAUUUAUAAAUUGAUGUAAUUUUGCCCAGUUUUCUUCCCAGUGAAAGCAUUAAUAAAUAGUGUUAAGUUGAUAAGCCCCAGUAGUAUAUUUGGUUCUCUUUUAUUUUUGCUUCAAGUUUCUCAUCUAAAAUCACAUGAAAAUCUUAUUAUACAGGGUGGUUCAAAAGAAAUGUUACCCAGAUUACAUUAUAUAUUUGUUACACAUAUAUUAUAGGCUGUACAUAUGCAUUUAAGACAUGAUAUACAGCAGUUAUUUUUAGGGUUAGAUAAAAAGUAAUCAUAAUAUGAAGGUCUGGCAGUAUUGGAGGCUAUAUGUUUUAAGGAAAAUUGUCAAAAAAAAUCAUCAGGAAGACAAUAGUUUCCUUUGAUGUUUGAUUUGGUACCACUUGCAAGCACAUCCUUAAUAAGAAGUCUAAUAAACUGUCAUUAUAUAUUGGUGUACAUGACCAUUCACUGUUGUCUUAAAGAAAAUGGGCUCACUGCAUGCCUUCCUUAAAGUACACCAUACUCUCAUUUUUGGGGGUUGCAGGGUUUUUCCUUACAAUGGAUUUUCACUGCCCCACAUAUUACUGACUUAACAUAGUUAACAUAGGAACCUGCUUUUUGUUAAUUAUGUUAACUCCUCCUCCCCCUUAAAGUUUUGGAACAGCAUUCAAUACUGGAACCCUAGCUGUUUUACAUGUUGAACCACAUAAACUCCUCUCAAUUUGUCAGCAAUUUUCUGUGCACUAGAAUAAGACAUUGUGUUAAAUUUGGAAGCUAACAAA